AUGGAACUGAUCCCAUCGAGACGAGUAAAUGACGAUCUACAGCUUGUACUUCGUACGAAGCAGCACCUUGUUGUGUAUGAUGCGUUAUCUCGAGAAGUGGCUGUCCGACCUAACGAGGCUGGACCACAUCGUGCGGCUAUUCCUGACUCGAAAUGCCUAGCUGUCAAGCAAGAGGGUGCUUCCUUCCAAACAGCAUCACAACCGCUACAAUCUUGUCCAUUUUGUCGACGCCCUUGGAAUGCGAGCAUUCCACAGCAAACUCCACUCUAUUCGCACUCGGACUGGAUGCAUGAGAGCAAUGAGGACGUAAUCGUGGCACCACACUAUUUCCGACUCUUAUCUCAAGCUUCUACAAGGACCGAUGACAUGUCAAACGGCGAAAGUAUUGGACAAGAGACAAACGAGGGGUACUACGAACGCUUUUUCAUUGAAAUUCGUCAGCUAGGUCGUGGCUCUCGCGGCACUGUGUUUCUCUGCCAACACGUCCUUCAUGGCCAUGCUCUAGGGACAUAUGCUGUGAAGAAGAUCCCCGUGGGUGACCGAUGCGAUGUUUUGUCACAAUCUCUUGGAGAAGUUCAUUUAAUGGAAGAGCUUAUCCACCCAAAUGUUAUUCACUAUAAGCAUGCUUGGGUCGAAAUGGCACAGCUCUCACUUUUUGCACCUCGUGUCCCUACUCUUCAUGUCUUGAUGAUGGCAGCUAAUGGCGGGAGCUUGUCUGAUUGGAUCGCGGCGCGUUCUGGCACUAUUUCAUCAAAUGAAGAGCUUCUUUCGACGCCGCGCACCUAUGUUGAGAGGCUUAAGGCUGAGUUUCGUGAGCGUCGCCAUUCGACAGAGAAAAACAAUUUAGGUACGCCAUCUUCUCGCACAGGCAUGCAUUUUCUGCGUGAGGACGAAGUUGUACAACUUAUGAAAGAUAUCACCUACGGUUUAGACUUCUUGCAUGAUCGUGGGAUCCUUCAUUUAGACCUCAAGCCCGGUAAUGUUCUCCUUCACUGGGACGAAGAUGCACUAUUCCCGAAGGCACUGCUCAGUGACUUUGGUUCCUCCCUUCCUUUGCAUGAAAACUGGGUUCGGAAGCGUACAGGAAACACUGGUACAAUGGAAUACAUGGCACCUGAAGCAGUUGUCUCGCACGAAGGCCAACUCGCAGAGCUCUCUAGCAAAGCUGACAUUUGGUCAUUGGGCAUCUUAUUGUACAUGCUCAUUUUCUUCGACCUUCCCUAUACACAAGUGGAUGAUAUCGAUCAGCUUCGAGAAGAAAUAAGUGCUUACACCACACUACAAGCGGCAAUCCAAAACCGUGGACUCUCGCGCCGAUUUGCUCUCGUUCACCCUGCCCUUACAUUGUUGCUUGCCCAGAUGCUUCAGAUCCAACCGGAAAAACGCCCAUCAUGCCGCAAUAUCUUGAAUGUUCUUGAGAGGUAUCCAGACAUCAGUGGCGCUUCCGCUGCACCGUCGGCCAAUGCUACCUCUGCACUAUCUCCUCAUGUCUACACUCCGCACACGUCGUCUGCUUUGAGCAACUCGACAGCAUCCUCUUCACAAACGCUCGCAUCCUCAUUACAAGCGCCAUCUUCACGAUCCUUAACAGUGAAUGCUCUCUCUUCAUCGUUUCCUAAACCAAGAUCUUAUGCGAUGACAGACCCACAGACCACUACCAGCUCGCGUAAAGUUGGAUAUGCAAUGCAAACGACGCUUCUCGUUCCUCUUGUUGUUGUUAUUGCUUAUGCACAGACUGUUGUCGUUGAUCGUAUAUGCACAUGGCAUGGAUCUUACCAUGCCUGGAUCCGAUACUUGUGCACUUUCUUAGCACUACUUCAAGUGGCUUUCUGGUACGUUCACAUCGAGAAUUCACACUUCAGUACAUCAUCCAGACCUAUUAUCUGGCACGCCGUCGACAUGCGUCUGGUAUUGCCUUGUGCAUUUCUUGCACUUAUCCUUCUCAUGCCAGCAUGCUCGUUGACGACACAGUUCCAAAAUUAA